GUUGAAUUGAUGCGGAUCACUCGGGCGGGGCUCAGCUACUUUUGAAUACCUUUGCAGCCCAGUCAGUGAACUUGUUGGGAAAGUGUGUUGCGCAACUGACCGUAGGUUGAGCGGCAGUAGUUUUUUCCUUCAAAUAACUGGGCAACAAUUUCGAAGUUGUUAAAUACGGUAUCUGCUUGUUCUGAAUGACAAUUAAUAAUGGAGAGACGACAUUCCAAGAGAAGCAAUUUCUUUGAUUUUGGUGUAAAUACAAGGCAAACAAUGCGACAUGUGGAACAUUCUAAAUCAGGUUCCAGUGGGAUUCCAGUGAAGAUUGUUCCAAAUCUUUUUGCCUUCAGAUCACCAUCAAAAUGGUGUCUGUACCAGUACCAAGUGACCUUUAUGCCUGACAUUGAAUCUAAACGUUUACGAAUGGCACUGCUGUUCAGCCACAGUGAUCUUCUCGGAACAAUCAGGGCAUUUGAUGGAGCUAUGUUGUUCCUCCCAAAUAAACUGCAGAAUCAAGCUACAAAAGUGACAAGCAUGAUGAAAGAUGGUCAGGUGGUGAAUAUAACAAUUCUUCUGACAAGUACAUUUCCGCAGGAUUCUCCAACAUGUGUCCAGUUCUUCAAUAUCAUCAUUAAAAAAGUUCUGAAAAUGCUAUCUCUGUACCAAAUUGGGCAGAACUUCUAUAAUCCUUCAACUCCAAUUCACAUUCCUCAACAUAGGUUGAUUUUAUGGCCAGGUUUUUCUACUUCAAUCUUGAGAUAUGAGACCAAGAUCCUGUUGUCUGUUGACAUAAGCCACAAAGUUCUACGUAGUGAAACUGUAUUAGACUUCAUGACUGAGCUAUACAACAGAGUUGGUGACCAACAUUUCAGUGAUACCUGUAUGAAUGAGUUAGUAGGAUUUGUUGUCCUUACAAGAUACAACAACAAAACAUAUCGUAUCAAUGACAUUGACUGGAAUGUGAAACCUACCGACAUAUUCAAAAAAGCAGAUGGAACUGAAAUCACCUAUGUUGAUUAUUAUUCACAGCAAUAUGAUGCCUCCAUCACUGAUCUGAAACAGCCAAUGCUAGUCAGCUGGUUAAAAAGUAAAAAUCGUUCCAUGGAUGUGGCCCCACGUCUAGUUCACCUCAUUCCAGAGUUUUGCUACCUUACAGGGCUAAGCAACCAGGCUCGCUCUGAUUUUCGUAUAAUGAAGGAUUUGGCUGCAGAAACACAACUGUCUCCUCAAAAAAGACAAAAGAGAUUGCAUGAACUAAUUGAUAAUAUUCAGAGAAAUAAAGUAACACAGACUGAGUUGGAAGGUUGGGGAUUACACCUUGAUGAGCAGAUCUCAUUGGUAGGCCGUGUCCUUCCUCCUGAGAAAAUUCAUAUGUUUGAUCAUUCAUGUCAGCCAGUUUCACCAGUAGACUGGUCUAAAGAUAUUCGAAAAUCAAGGAUUAUUGGCAGUGGGCCACUCCAAGACUGGCUGAUGGUUUUUAGUCACAGAAAUUAUGAAGUUGCUGGUCAGCUUUUGGCAUGUCUUAAGAAAGUCGGACCACCAAUGGGCUUUUUGAUUGACAAUCCAAAAAUGAUUCAAGUAAAUGAUAGCCCUGUCUCCUUCAUACAAGCUUUGAGGCAUCAUAUUGAGUCCAGUACCCAGCUGGUGUUGUGCAUUCUACCCUCAAAUCAAAAGAAUAAUUAUGAUUGUUUAAAGAAAUUCUUGUGCGUAGAGAAGCCAAUUCCAAGUCAGUGUGUGGUGGCCCGUACACUAAACAAGGCAAAUAUAAUGAGUAUUGUGACGAAAAUUGCUUUGCAGAUGGCUUGCAAGACAGGGGGAGAAUUGUGGAUGGUGGAGAUUCCUUUAAAAUCUUUGAUGGUAAUUGGCAUUGACAUUAACUUUGACACCCUGAGAAAAGGGAUAUACGUUGGAUUUGUUGCAAGCAUCAACAGUACAGUCACAAAAUGGUUGUCUCGCUGUAUCUUCCAGUCUUCCAGUGCGGAGGUAGCUGAUUGUUUAAAAGUUUGCAUGAAAGGUGCUCUAAGUAAAUGGCUUGAAGUGAAUCAUGUACUGCCUAGCCGUAUUGUUGUUUAUCGUGUUGGUGUCGGGGAUGGGCAACUAAUGACAUUAGUUGACUAUGAAGUGCCCCAAAUAUUGGACAGCUUCAAGAUGGUUGACUCAGACUACAGACCCAAAGUAACAAUCAUUGUAGUUCAGAAGAAGGGUACCUGCAGAUUUUUUGCUAAUGUGAAUGGAAUGCUUCAGAAUCCACCGGUUGGCACUGUGAUCGACAACGAGGCUACCCGUCCUGAAUGGUAUGACUUCUUCAUAAUCAGUCAAUGUGCGUGCCAAGGCACUGUUUCUCCAACAUACUACAAUGUUGUAUAUGACAAUAGUAGCAUGAAACCAGACCAUGUGCAGAGACUAACUUACAAGAUGUGCCACCUCUAUUACAACUGGCCAGGUGUAAUUCGCUUGCCAGCUCCAUGCCAAUAUGCCUUCAAACUUACAACUCUAGUGGCUCAGAAUGUUCAUAGAGAACCUGACUUAGAGUUGGCUGAUCGUCUUUUCUUCCUGUGAAAGUAAAUAAUCCAGGAAAUAGUCAGUCGAAUUCUUCAAUAUUUUAUUUUCUGAAAAACCAAAUAUGAUUGUCUUAAAAUCCAGGAAAGCUAUUAUUUUCUGUACGUUUUGUAAGUUUAUUUUAAGGAGGUCUGUUCUGUUCCUUUGGAUUUCAUUUGCUUUUAAAUUAUUAUCUGAUCAUAUAUUUGUUUGAAUAAGGAUAUACAAGUAUGUUACAGAACCUCAAACCUUACUUUAAAAUAUGGUACAAUAUAUGUAGAUGUUUGUAGUAGAAAAUAUGAUCAAUGUUUAUAACAUUUUGCAACAUUUACAAAAAAAAUUGUACUUCAUUCAAGUCAAACAUUCUGUAUUUGCACAAUUUUUUGAAGAAAAGAACAAUUUUGCAUAAAUGGGAAUGUAUUCAUUUUUUGAAUAGUUCAAUGAAAAUUAUGGUCACGUUUCAUUUUCUUGAUUUUACUUUAAUCAGCAAACUACUUGUUUAUUUUACUAAAGAUAUGGGAUUCUUAGCCAAUGGGUAAACACAGUUAGUAGAGAA